GACUCGGGCGAAUUGAAUGAUUAUUACACGUUUACAUUUUCUACACUCAAAAUGCAGCUUAUAAAAUGAUCCAUUUUGGUGGGUUUGGACUUCGGACUGGGAACGACGCUCACGCCGUCGAAGAGGGCGUUCCUUCUAGUCAGCCAUUCACAUAUUUUUCACUUUUCCACCGCGGAAGAAAACUAAAUUCUAACAGGAAGGGGAGAAAUAUACUAUUUUUUAGAGUCAGUGCGCGGGGGUACCGUUUAGUUGAGAUGGCCAAUGAGGCGAAGCCGUGUCCAUGUGACAUGGGAUACAUGAUGGAGUAUGGAGGUGUUGGCCAGGAGGUCCAGAUAGAACACAUCAAGGCCUACCUGGUCAAGCCUCCCUCUGAUUCAGACAAGGCCAUCAUCAUCAUCCAGGACAUCUAUGGCUGGCAGCUACCCAACACCAGAUACAUGGCUGACAUGCUGGCCUCCAAUGGAUACAUUGCAGUGUGUCCUGACUUCUACGUUGGAAAGGAGCCAUGGAGUCCAUCACAAGAUUGGUCUACCUUUCAGCAGUGGCUGGAGGACAAGAAGCCCACCAAUAUCAACAAGGAGGUGGACGCAGUCCUGAGGUUUCUGAAGAGCCAGUGUGGGGCCCUGCGUAUUGGGGCAGUGGGCUUCUGCUGGGGGGGGGUGGCCACCCACUACCUGGCUCUGCAGUACCCUGAGGUCAGGGCAGGGGUAUCUGUCUAUGGAAUCAUCAGAGAGAGGGAGGACAGGUAUGAACUGAAGAGCCCGACACUGUUUAUCUUCGGAGAGAAGGAUGACGUCAUCCCACUGGACCAGGUGAGUGUCCUGGAGAAGAACCUGCAGGAGAAGUGUACAGGUGUAGACUACCAUGUGAAGGUCUUCCCAGGUCAGACUCAUGGCUUUGUUCACCGGAAGAGAGAGGACAUCAACACCACAGACCAGCCCUGCAUCCAGGAGGCCAGGACAGACAUACUCAACUGGUUGCAGAAAUACAUGUAGAAUAUCUACAGUGCAGUUGUCAAUCAUCUGCCGUCCAUGGUAGAGUGAACAGAAAGGAUAAAAAUCCAAAUCCAAUUUCACGACACCACUAACCUUAUUAAAAAGAAAUAGCUAAUGUAAUUGAUCAUCAGUUCUGAGGUCAUUUCCACGUAUGUCCUUUCUGAAUAGCAGCCUAUCUGGUGAUUAUCAUGUCCUUGAUUUAUCAUGAUCAAAUUCAAGCUGACGGGGUGUUUUAAUGUGGAAUCUGUAGUUGCCAUAUUUGUAGUAGACUUUAGUUUUGUACCUUUUUCUUGCAGUACAUAUCUCUUCCUUGUAUACAUGAUCUCUUCCUUGAAUACAUGAUCUCUUCCUUGAAUACAUGAUCUCUUCCUUGAAUACAUGAUCUCUUCCUUGAAUACAUGAUCUCUUCCUUGAAUACAUGAUCUCUUCCUUGAAUACAUGAUCUCUUCCUUGAAUACAUGAUCUCUUCCUUGUAUACAUGAUCUCUUCCUUGUAUACAUGAUCUCUUCCUUGAAUACAUGAUCUCUUCCUUGAAUACAUUCUCUUCAUUUUAUACAUUCUGUAUUUUUGCAUACAUUAUCUGUUCAUUUUAUAUGCAUUGUACACAUCACCUCUUCAUUGUAUACAUUAUAAAAACAAGGAAUUACUUUUAAUUGCAAAGUGUAAAUGUCAUUAUAUAAAUGCAAGUAUAUUUUAUUUCUGAUUUGAUGUUUGUGUAUAAUAUCAUGUAAUACCCAAAGAUAUCAAUAAAGAUAUUACGCUUCA